AUGGACGGUCCGGCUAUAUCUCCCGAGUUCGUGUGGUAUUUUGGGGAUAUUAGUCGGGAAAAGACAAAUGAAAUUCUUUUAAAUCAACCCGUUGGAACGUUUCUUGUUCGCGAUUCUUCCACAACAUCUGGUUUUGUAUUGUCAAUUAAGGAAGCUACCAAAGUUAUUCGCUACCUAAUCAAUUACUCUAAAGAAACCGGAGAUUUCUCUUUCGGAAACUCUACUUUUGAUUCUCUUGAAGCUGUUAUUGAUUACUACUCUCAAGGUCGAUCGGCGGCGUGUUUUCUAAUUAAAUCAGCUCCCAAGGAUCGGCUCUUAGCCUUAUACGAUUUUGCUGGUGAAAAAAGCGAAGAUUUAUCUCUGUCAAAGGGAGAUAUGGUUGCAUUCAUUAUUCAGAAAAAGGACUGGAUUCUAUGUUCCCUUAGUGACGGUCGUCGUGGUUGGGUUCCUGCCAACCAUUUGGCACCGUACAAGGCGGAACUCUUAGCAAGUCUGAAGGUUGACAAGGGCAAUCUAAACGCAAUGUCACACUGCAGUCUUUGUGGAAUACUGGGAGUUCCUGUGGGUGCAAAAGUAAUUCGUUCUCGUCAACCCUCAAUCUUCCAACCCAAUCAUUUAGAAGUUCAGGAAGGCGACCUAGUUCGGAUUGAGCGUAUCCAUAGUGAUGCCAUGUCUGUCCUUCCAGCUUUGGGAAAGUUGGUUGCUAACCGUACAGCUUUGCUUGUGUGUGAUAUUCAAGAGAAAUUCCGCCACAAGAUAUCCAAUUUCGAUGCUGUAACUGCUAAUUCUGGGCGUUUGAUCGCUGCGGCAAGAAUACUUGAAAUGCCCAUUUUCAUCACCGAGAUGUAUCCACAAGGUUUGGGACAGACAGUAGAAGACUUGGGGGAUAUUACCCACAUCCCGGUUUUUCCCAAACGUAAUUUCUCCAUGCUGACCGAGAAAUUACUUGCACAUGCCGACUUUAAGAAUAGAUUCGACUCUGUUCUUCUCUGUGGUAUUGAAACCCAUGUCUGUGUUCAACGCACUGCACUCGAACUUCUGGAACGUUUUAAUUUGAAUGUUCAUUGUGUCGCUGAUGCCGUCUCUUCUCGCAAUUAUACUGACCGAAUGAUCGCUUUGGAGAGAAUGCGUCAGUCGGGAGUUUUCAUAACCACAGCCGAAUCUGCUAUACUCGGUUUAGUUGAUGGAUCCGAACAUCCAAAAUUCAAGGACCUUCAGAAACUCAUUAUUCCCUUAGCCUCUGAUAGCGGCCUCUUCCCGUUUAAGUCGUCAAAGUAA